AUGAUCAUGAACUUCCUUCGCCUUUUGAAUCGCCCCGCCAAGCACUGUCCCAGCCUGCUGCUUCCACGCUCCCAAACUACUAAGAUGGUUUUCAAGGCUCUUAUUAACUUCUUUAAUUGCCUUAUUAGCAUCUACAAUCUUCUUUACAUUCAGAUCCAGAGUCUCAUUAACCUUCAACUUGUCGUAGGCUUCCUUAGCCUUUUUCUCCGCCGCAGCACGGAUUUUCUCAGCGUCGGUGAUCCAAGAAUUCAAGGAGGUAACAUGAUGAAGGAGAGUGUCAUUUGCGGUGUUAAUUGCAACAAUGUGAUCACAAAUCACUGCCGCCUUAUGACAUCACGAUCACCGCCAGGCCAGGAUGACGGCAGACAGCUGCUGAGGUGGAUGACCAAGGCGGCAAGCAAGGGGCUAAUCAGAGGAUCGAGUAGGUUAGGUGAGCGAGAGCAUUCUCCUGCUGCCGGCGAGCAGCGCCUUGACGUCGAUGAGGUGGGAGGCCCUGGUGAGGAGUAUGACGAGGAUGUAGAGCGUGGCGAUAGACCAGAGUGCGAUGAUGGCGAAGAGGAAGGGCGCACGGAUGCGAUAGAGGAACUCGGGGAUGGUCUCGUGCGCCAGCCUGUGGAGAGGGUUCAUCUGCUUGACGGCGACUUGCAGUGCUGUGCAGAGAUCCUGGCAGGUCCGCUUGGCUGGGUGGCCGCUGGUGGAGCCGGCGAGGCUGUGGACGUCCCUGUGCACGAAGCCGUACCGAAAGAGUGUGGGCGUGGUACAGUCGCAGUCCGCGAUGGAGAGGCAGUCGGCAGUGUGAUUGGAGCUCGGGGCCAUGGGAAGACGCUUGGCUGGGCAGUGGUCGGCGCAGCUGUUGGCGUGGCAGUUGGACGUGGCGUCGGCGCAGGUGCGCUCGCAGUCCUGGAGCAGUGCACAGAGGAUGUCGUAAAAGGUCUCGGUCAGGUACACCACCCAGGAGAGGUAGAGGUGGGCGUGCUCCUUGGCGAAGGUGGCGCGUACGUCGUGGCCGAGUGGCUUGAGUUCAUCUGGCGUCCGUGGCGGGCGAGUGAGGAGGCAACUCAGGAAGCUGCACAGCCUGGUGAGGGGCGACGAUGCGCCGCCACAGAAGGCGCCGAGAACGUCCAUGAUGCGUCGGCCUCGGGAGGCACGGGAGGCCAGCCUGGUAAUGUUGGAGAGGCCCAUGGGCGUCUUGCACGGCAGGCCGGGCGACGUAGUGUCACAGCCGGAGCACUGGACACAGGUGUCCUUGGGGGACACGUCAUGCGGCAGGAAGCCCACCAGGCCAUCCUCGAGGAACGACUGGAGCGGCGACUUGACGCCGCACUUGGGAUGUUGGUCACAGCGUUGGUUACAUAUUUGGUCGCCUGUUUGGCUGGCCUCAUGAGGGCACUGCUGGUUGGCACACUGCAUGGUGUUGCACUUCCAACUGGAGCCACCGACGCCGCGGCCGUACCAGCAGUCGCGCCAUCCGCCGUGCCGGGUGUUGUAGGUGCACCGGCGGUAGAGGAAAUAGAGCUGGUGGUGGAGGCGUUUGAUGACGUCGAACAGCAGGCAGAGCAAAGCGUCGGCGUCGCCGGGGUAGAGGAGGCCUCCCGGGUUGGUGUUGAAGUCUACGGCGUAGAUGCCUCCGGCAUGGCCGAAGCCUAG